AUGCUGUCUGUCUCGCUGGCCCCGGACCGCUACGUCACGGCGGCAUCUGGUGGGCGCACGCCCACGCUCCUCAAAUCCGGCGCGCAGACCGUCAGCAGUUUUGCUGACGAGUCAUGGCAAACCUGCGACCGGUUUACUGGCUGGCUCGUGCUCGUGCAGCUGGGGUUAACCAUUGUGGGACUCAUGCUGGCCACACUUCUCUUCUUUCAUGACAGCGGUGCGGAUCAUAUCGGGGCCGGCUUUCCCGAUUGCUUUGCGGGAUGGGGCCUUUGGAUACAGCACCACGACUCGCUGCUCUCGUCAUACGAGCUCAACACGCUGCUUGCUCCCUUCUCGCUCUUCAUAUUCGUGCUGCUCAUCUUCCGCACGCUCUAUGCCCCUCAUCGCGCCGAAUGCGCCUCACGACAUCUCCACCGCUGGCACGAGCCGGAGCCGGAGCACGACCUCGUGCAAGCGCUGCGCCUCUCGUGCGUGGAGGGCGCCCUCACCGUGGCGCUCGCGCUGGUGAUGCAGGUGCAGGCUUGCGUCUGCAUCACCGCCGCUCACGCCGUCUCCACCACGCGCAAGCGGAUCUUCCCUGCCGAUUCCGAGAUUGUCGUGCACGCCGUCGAGGGGGCAACACGCCGGCUCAAGUACGGCUGGCGACAGCACGCCACCUCGGACGGCCGUGUCUUCUUCUCGCAUACGAAGUCUGGGCGCGUGCAGUGGGACCCGCCGGCGGAGUUGGACCUCGCCGCGCUGGAUACCGCCGCGGGCGUCGCCGUGGGCCUGAAGGGGUCUACGAGUCUUCAACUGCACACUAAGGCCUUUGUCCACGUCUCGAACGACAAGACCCACGACUCUUACGCCGCGCAGACCUUCAUCAACAAGACGAUUGACUACCUCGAGGAGCAGUAUGGCGAGGUGCAUGGCGAGGGGGGCGCCUACGUUGCGGGCCACUGGGUGCCGCUCGAGCUUUGCAAGGAGAAGUUCAACAUCGCGGGAGGCUCGAACGAGAAGACGCCGGCGGGCCCGUGCCCCCGGUCUAUCACGCGCCACUCGUCAGCCAAGCCGGACGGCAGCUACGAUGUUGCCAUUAUCGGAUCCGGGUGCAUCGGCGCCGCCGUGGCGCGCGAGCUCUCCAAGACGACGGCCUCUGUCGUGAUGCUGGAGGCGGCGGACGACGUGUGCCAGGGAGCGACCAAGGGCAACUCGGGCAUCGUUCACGCGGGCUUCGAUGACAAGCCCGGCUCGGUGCGCGCCGCGCUGUGCUGGAAGGGGAAUCAGCUCUUCCCGCAGCUCGACUCGGAGCUCCACUUUGGCUACCAACUUACCGGCUCGCUGCUGCUCGCGCGCGGCGCCGAGAACGGCGUCAAGAACCUGCGCAUUGUCGGCGAAGAGGAGCUCCGCCGCAUGGAGCCCCGCCUCGCUCCCGGCGCCACCGCGGCGCUGCACUCGCCUGACGCGGGCACACUCAUCCCUUACGAGUACACGAUCGCGCUGGCGGAGAACGCGGCCGACAACGGCGUCGAGGUGCGCACGCGGCGCGAGGUGCGCGGCAUCGCAAAGGACAAGGCGGCCGGCCUCUUCGACAUCCAGAUGGAGCACUGGGAGCCAAAGGAGUUCGUCGAGGCGACGGGCGGCGGCCCGCUCUCGGCGCUGCGCAAGGCGCUCUCGGCGGCGGCGCCGGCGCUCGGCCGCUACUUUGGCGGCGAGAACGAGGCGGGCCCGUGGAAGGACUACCCGCAGCUUGUCAAGGGCGAGCAGGCGGUCGACGUCGAGGCGAUGAAGGUGGGAGGCUCCGGCUCGCGCCGCGCGAUGGGCGGCGUGACUGUCGCGAGGGAGACGGUGCGCGCCAAGUACGUCGUCAACUGCGCGGGCGGCGCGUCCGACAAGGUCGCUCGGCUGGUCGGCGACGAGUCGUUCCAGAUCAAGCCGCGGCUGGGCGAGUACGUCCUGCUCAAGAAGUCGCAGGGGGACGCCUGCAACCACAUCCUCUUCCCCCUCGUGCCCGACUUUGAGACGGACGACGCCUUCCACUCCUUCUCUGGCGCGCGUGCAAAGUCGAGCCGCGGCGACUGGAUCAUCGAGCGGUGCGCCACCGAGCCCGACCUGAUCCACGCGGCCGGCAUCGACUCGCCCGGCAUUGCCGGCUCUCCCGCGAUCGCGCUCGAGGUCGUCCGGCUGCUCGGCGAGGCCGGGCUCGACGCGCCCGCCGACCCAGCCUUCAACCCGAGCCGGGCGGCGGUGGUCGUGCCCAAGCGCGGGGACGAGGGCCUCGUCUACACUCCCGACGACAAGGAGAGCCUCAACGCGCUCGGCGUCUCGGCCGCCGAGAACGUCGUGUGCAAGUGCGAGAAGGUGACCGAGGCGGAGGCGAUCCGCAAGCGGACGCGCGCGGGCAUGGGCGGCUGCCAGGGCAAGCCGUGGAACUACGGCUGCGAGUGCCGCGUCGCGCAGAUCAUCGCGCGCGAGACGGAGGGCCUCCCGGUGGCCGAGGUUGGGCGGCGGCCGUGGUCGGCGACAUCGCAGUUCCCGCGCCGCUGGCUGUCGGACGGCGACAAGGAGAACCUCAAGGCGUGGUCGCAGCCGCCGCCCGCGGAGGCGGACGAGACGGCGCGCAAGCUGGAGGAGGCGCUCCCCCUCGAGGUGUCGCCCGUCGAGGCGGCGGAGGCCGAGGCGGAGUAGGCGCCAAGCCGCAAGCAGCGCCCACGCAGCGCCCCCAGCUCCUCGUGGCGGGGGCCCGAGCUCGAGAUAUGAUCCGAUCUUCUCGCGCAGUACUCCAUGCGGCGUCGGGCAGUGCCCCCGGCUGUCUGCGCGCCCUGGCCGAGCGGC